GAGCAGAGAGCUCAUUGGCUACUGAUAGAGCAGGAACCAAUUAGCUGUGGCCUAUAGAGAAUGAUGUAUUGCGAGUAGAUCGAGUUAAUGACCUAUCAGCCUGCGCCAUCUAGAGUUUCAUGAUAGAACUUUUAGUACUUCAACUUAUUCAGUACAUUUUCAAGUUUUUGUUUAGUUGAAGUUUUUUAAUCUAAUAUUUAACUUUUUUUUUCAAUAAUUUUAGUUUUAGUCAAUGAUAACACAUGGUAUUUUAUGAACAUAUGAACAUUAUUCUGAAUUUUGAACUUUAUUUUUAGCUUAUUUGGAAGAGAAUAAAUGCACAGAUAUUAUACACUGAAGAAAACACCACACACAGCACUCCCAAAUGCUUUCUUCCCGUCACGAGCGGCACACAUGCUCUCCAGAAUGAGAAUGUGAGGCCACAUCAUUCACACUGAGAGGCUGACGGACUAGUAAUAAUCAUAUUAUCGGCCAGAACCCUUGAUGUGUCAAGGAGGGCCCUGCAGUAAUCUCAUUAGUAAUGCUGUUACAUAACGUCUGAUCCUACGCCAUACAGUCAGAGAUCAGCCUCAUUAAGAUCACUGACAAUCACAUCUCUAGGGUCUUCUGACCUCCUGUAUGUAUCCCACCAGCACAAACAUGACAAUAUAUCCAAUGAGUGCUUCAAAAGAAUCAGUGAUGCACGUGUUUUCUGGUUAUUCACCCUCCUUUCGCUGUGGUUCUUGCCUUUUGUUUAUCACAGGCAUCGUCUUGGACAGUGGGGAGGAUUAAGGUAGCUCUAAAUAAAGCCGGCAGAUUAGGAAACAUGAUACCAGCAUGUUCUGUUUCACUUUGACAACGUGAUGGACAGAGAGAGCUGAAGACUUCCCUGGAGACAGGAAGACUAUUGAGGGGAACCACAUAAAUGGUUUUUAUUCAUGCAGUUACAGAACAGGGCAGUUAUCUGCAUGUUGGUCUUACUUGACCUUAACAAUAACUUAAUGUGACUGUGUUUUUUAACCUGUAAAAGAAGUUAAAUAUUAUUACUCAGACUUAUUUAGAGCAGUAUAAACAUGUGGAGAUAUUCAUUGACUUCUAAUCCUAUAAAAAAGAAUAGCAGCCAUGUAUUAGUCUACUGCGAGAGCACAGCGUCUUAAGCAGCUGCAAAAUGCCUGCACGGGCAAGUCAGGUGUCGCCACAGGUGCAUCGGCACAACCUUUACACUCUGACGGACAGCUCAGAAUGUGGGUCAGACAAGGAAGAGGAGGAAGACCCUUCCAAGCACCUGACACCCCUGGAAAAAUUAACGCUGGAAAUGUGCAAUGAUGAAAACACCAUAAAGGAGCUGACGGUGGGCAGAAGGGUUGGCUUCUACAAAGUCUGUGGUCAGAUCGGCUGUGGGAACUUUUCGAAGGUCAAACUGGCCGUCCAUGCCCUCACCAAAGACAAGGUUGCCAUUAAGAUUAUGGAUAAGAUGAGGCUCGAUCUGCAGACCCAGAGGAUGCUGUCCAGAGAGAUCUCCAACAUGGAGUGCUUGUAUCACCCAAAUUUAUUGCAGCUCUAUGAAGUACUGGAGACGCCAAGUCGGUUGUACCUGGUUCUUGAGUUUGCUGGAGGAGGAGACCUCCACACCAGAAUCAGCUCUGGAGGAAAACUCUCUGACCGAGAAAGCAAGAUUGUAUUCGCCCAAAUCCUGUCAGCUGUCAAAUACAUGCACGAGAACAACAUCAUCCAUCGAGACCUGAAGGCUGAAAAUGUUCUUUAUACAACCGACUCCUGCAUAAAAGUGGCUGACUUUGGCUUCAGCAAGAAGGUCAAGAAUCGCAACCAAGCCCUAGACACCUUUUGCGGCUCUCCUCCUUAUGCAGCUCCGGAGCUCUUCAAAGAUGAGUCUUACAUCGGGCCACCUGUGGAUGUGUGGGCAAUGGGUGUCCUCCUCUUUUUCAUGGUGACUGGCACCUUGCCUUUCCGUGCUGACACUGUGGCCAAGUUGCGUCAAAGUGUGCUGGAGGGGGCCUAUGUCCUGCCAACCUGGGUAUCAGCUCCGUGUCAGCGGCUGAUCCGGGGGAUACUGAAGCCAGAACCGUUAGAGCGAUGCGCACUGGACCAGAUGUUGGGUUGUGAGUGGCUGUUGCCGGUGGAACUCUUCCGCCCUAUUCCUCCCUUAUACCAGCUCAACCCCAUUCAUCUGCUUGAGGCCGGUCCAGGGGAGUUAGACAGAGACCAGGAGGAGGUAAAAGGUAUGUUGGAGAAACUAGGGGUCUCUAACGAACAUAUUGUCAAUAACCAAGGAAAGCGCAUUCGUAGUCCCAUUACAGGGGUUUACCGCAUACUUUUGCACAGAGUUAAGAAAAACAGGGGAGUUGAGUCUGCGCCUACAAUCAGUGGAGUCGUCAAAGAUCCUAAAAGAGACAGUCUACGUGCCUACAGGAAUCUACGGCACUCCUCAAAAUUGUGUGUUCUUUCUUAAAGGGAUAGAUCAUUCCUUUUAUUCAGUGUUUUUUUUUUUUUAUAGUACAAUGAAAGUCAAUCGGAUCCAAAACAAUACUGGACCCCACUGACUUUCAUUGUAUGGACAAUUUAACACUGCACCAUUUUUCAAAAUAUCUUCUUUUGUGUUUCACAGAAUAAAGAAAGUCAUACAGUUGUGGAACAAUGUGAGGGUGAAUAAAUGAAAGAAUUUUCAUUUUUGGGUGAAAAAUCCUCAGCUUAAAAUUGUGGGAGUUUUGUCAUUACUGUUUUUCAGUUUGUAGCACAAACAAUUUAAUAGACCAAAUCAAUAAGAAAAUACAUGGUUAUUUUUAUUGUUUAAUGUUCGCAGUACUUUUAAAAUGAUUUCCUUUCUGUAAUUACAUAGGAAAUUUGUCUUAAAGGGUUAGUUCACCCAAAAAUGAAAAUUCUGUCAUUAAUCACUCACCCUCAUG